UACUACUACUACUACUACUACCAGACGCCUCCUCGCCGGCCGCGCCGCUCCCAACCCCGCACGCUUCUCUUCUCCCUCUCCUCCGAUGGCGACGCUGCAGCUCAACCACAUCGCGCGGGAGACCUCCGACGUGGCCCGCCUCGCGGCCUUCUACGAGGCCGUGCUGGGGUUCGAGCGCGUGCCUUCCCCGACCUACUCGGGCUUCCAGGUCGCCUGGCUUCGCCUCCCGGGCUCCCCCGACGUCGCGCUUCACCUCAUCGAGCGGGACCCGGCCGCGGCCCCCGUCGCGGUGGGGCCCGGCGCCGAGGGCGCGCCGCCGUCGCAGCUGCCCCGGCGCCACCACCUGGCCUUCUCCGUCGCCGACUACGACGGGUUCGUGACCGGGCUCAAGGCGCGCGGCACCGAGCUGUUCGAGAAGACGCAGCCCGACGGGCGCACGCGCCAGGUCUUCUUCUUCGACCCCGACGGCAAUGGCCUAGAAGUUACUAGCUCAGCUGCAGGCCGUGAUAAGUAAUUAGAGAGCAUGAUGUGCUAGCUACUUCUGCUUUAGCCUGCAAUGUAAAUCGAAGAUGUUACCAGACCAAGCUUCGUUGCGAUAAAUAAAUCCGAAGCUUACAAAGAAACGUAUAUUUGCUUUCCUAUGUUGUAACAUGACUCUGUUCGCGACUGGACUCUACUGUAUGACAAAUGCUUGUCAGUUUCGGAUCAAUGGUUGUAGUUCGAGAAAAAUUAAUAAAUGGUUGAUUCUGUGUCUAA